AUGUCUUCGACAGCAGUCAUGAAGCCGAGCCCGGCACAAUCGCGCUUCGUCGCUCCUACAACUCCGUUGCGACCCUCGUCAGCACCCUCGACACCACAAAAGUCACAGCAACAACCUACAAAGGUUGAAACCACAAAGGUCGAAACUCCUGGAACCUGGCGUCAUCCCAACAUGGACGACAUCAAUCGUCGCAAGAAUGCCUCGACUUUUACUUCGGACAAUGCACAUGCUAUUGUUGUCAAUGCUGUUGCUCUGUUGGUGCUCUUGCUUGCUCCCGGCAUGCUCUCUGACUACACUCCCACGGCAUUGACUGCCUCCUUCAAGUCCAUGGAUCCAUACGCAACCUGGGCUACCCUCGUCCUCCGCUGCAUCCCCGUCCUCAACAUCUCACUCGCCCUCAUGCCACUCUUCCGCCCCAAAGACGAAAUGACAGACAUCCCUCUCACCAGAGAACAACGCCAACUCCUCGGCCUAACACCUCAAACUGUUCCUUUGCCUGCUGGUUCCCCUGGCUACGUUACCCCUCCCAGAUACUCGCGCUCUUCUACACCUCGUUCCAGUGCUCAGAAACACGCCUCAGGCUCGCCAAUGUCACACAAGGCUAGCCCAUCCUCAUUCGACCAAAGCAGUUUGGGUGUCAGUAAAGGCCCUUCUGGCAGUCCCUUUUCUGUUAGUCCUCUGAUGCAAAAGGCAGUGGGAGGUGCUACCGCAGCAAGAACAGCUUCGCCUUUGGACAGUAGUUUGGGAAGUAGUUCGUCGGGGUUGGCGACUGGCAAGGCUACGGUGUCGUUGAACAGCAAGUGGUUGUAUGAGAGGGGAAAGGGCAGUCCUAAUGGUGGCAGAGCUGUCUUUUCGUGA